AUGAUAAAUGAAGGUUUAAGAUAUAGUCUUUAUAUUCCACAUGGUGUUCAACCAGAAGAAUAUACAAUUCGUGUUGAUGAUGAUAGAGGACAAGAAAGCACUUGUCAAGUAACAGUUGAAGAUUUACCUGAAAAUGAACUUAAAAAACCACGUAGUGAUGUUGAAGCAACAUGGCUUUUUGAUGGUAUUAUGUUUCGUUCAAAUGUAUUUACCACAAUUAAUUUUAAACCAAAUGAAUUAGCACAAUUAAUUAUGAAAGAAGUUUAUCUUGAAGAUGCUGGAAUAUAUAAAUUGCGUUUAAAAAAUAAAUAUGGAAAAGUGUCAAUAACAUGUACAGUUUCCGUUUGUCAACGUGAAAGUUCAACAGAUCAACGAAAAACUAAUGUUGAAGAUUUACUACGAAAGUAA